UGAGAAUGACUCCCCAUGGGACAGGUGGACAUCCCCCACUCUCUAUACUAUCAGUACAACUACAGGAGAGGAAGAGGAGGAAGAGGAAGAAGAGGAAAGCCCCGAGGAUACGCAGACCCAGAUAGUCACAACCGUCACCACUAUCAGGGAGAUACACAGUGAGCCAGAGCCCGCUAUGGAUCGUUAUGAAACCUAUUCCAGGAGCGUGACAGAAGAAGACCAGCAUGUCCAAACACCAGAACCUGAUACUAAAAAAGGGUUUGUGUUUGUGAAAGAGUAUGUCAAUGCAACAGAGCUGUCCUUGUAUAAUGCCAGAGAAACAAUCAAUAGUGGGUCAGAUUAUUUGACAUCAAGCUCUGCCAGUUACUCUUACAGCAGCCCCUCCACUUACACCAGUGGCUCUCUGUCAUCCGCCUGUACAUACUGUGGAAAGCCAGUAGGCAGUGAUGCCAAGAUCUCCAUCCAGCACCUCAAUAUCAACUGCCACCCUGCCUGCUUCAAGUGUGACAUGUGUAGUAAGCCAAUGGGAGACCUUCUCUACAGUAUGUUCCUACAUGGUGGAAAAGUCCACUGCGAGAGCUGCUACUCCAAAGCCUUGGACUGAUUAUCGAAGCUCUUCAGCAGCCUCUUAUCCUCGUCCCCUUCCCUUCACGUUCAUUUGCAUAUACAGUGAGAACUGGUCUUUCGCAAAGUUUGAACUCCGGAGUGUGUUUAGGGUCAUCAAAGAGGCAGUUAUAGUGACCAAUAACAUUGCUUAAUGUUGAUUCUUACAUAAAGUUAAAUUUCUAAUUUGUCAAAUAUGUUGUACAAGCUUGUGUUGUUUUUUUCCUGGUGGUGAAAGCUGUAUCUGCUUGAAAUAGUAAAUUAUGAAGGAUAUGUCUGUACAAGAAGGUUUUUAUAUAUAUAUAUAUAUAUAUAUAUAUAUAUAUAUAUAAUGUAUGAACAUGAACAGACUAUUACAGGCAAGUGGGGUUUUGGCAAGAAUAAUUAUGCAAAAAAAUUACUAUGUUAGAAAAUGUUUACUUAUUUUGCUCUUCUUGAUACAAAAGAGUGUUCACAUGUGAUGUUUUGUUA